AUGGCUCUUCCAACCCGCGAAUUAGAUAAAACCGGAGUAAAGAUCCCAGUGAUUGGCUUAGGAUGCAUGGGAUUGAGUGAAUUUUAUGGAUCCGUUGACGAGAAUGAAAGCCUUAAAGUAUUGAAAAGGUCACUCGAAUUAGGAUGUAACUUUUGGGAUACUGCGGAUAUCUAUGGAAGAAACGGGGCCAAUGAGAUUCUUUUAUCAAAAAUUUUAAAAGAACGCCGUAAUGAUGUAUUUGUUUGUACGAAAUACGGAAUCAUUCGAGACGAAAAUGGAAAUAUGGUAGAUCUAAGAGGAGAUCGCGAGUACGUUCGCCAAAGUUGUGAAAAUUCUUUGAAAAGAUUGGGGAUUAAUCAGAUCGAUCUCUAUUAUUUGCAUCGUAUUGAUCCUAAGACCCCGAUCGAAGAAAGUGUUGCAGCUAUGGCGGAACUUGUUAAAGAAGGCAAUGUAAAAUACAUCGGACUCUCGGAAUGUAAUGAGGAACAACUUCGACGCGCUCAUAAAGUUCAUCCUAUAUCAGCUGUACAGAUUGAAUAUAGCCCAUGGUCACUUGAGAUAGAAACUAAUGGAGUUAUGAAAGCAUGUCAUGAAUUAGGUAUUAGUAUUGUUGCUUAUAGUCCGAUCGGUCGUGGAUUCUUAACAGGAAAGUAUCGAUCGAUCGAUGAUUUUGCGCCAAAUGAGAGUGAUUACCGUCGAACUCUGCCCCGUUUCUCGGGUGACAAUUUUAAAAAGAAUUUGGAAAUUGUUGAUAAAAUUAAAGAAUUUGCCAAUAAGAAAGGUUUAACUGCAAGUCAACUUUGUUUGGCUUGGGUUCUAGCUCGAAGUGAUAACAUGAUCGUUAUUCCUGGUACAAAGAAGAUCCAUUAUUUGGAAGAAAAUCUUGGUGCAGCAAAUGUAAAGCUUUCUAACGAGGAAUUAUCCGAAAUCCGACAAAUAAUUAAUUCUAUUGAAGUUUUUGGAAGUAGAUAUGGUACAGGUGUUGAAUCUGUUGGUAACAAAUAA